GUGAGCGUGAAGAGCAAGCGUAGGUAGACUCAUCACCGGACAAACAGUCAGAGCAAAGUGGUUCACACGUACGAGGAGAGAAGAGGACUGUAAAGGAAGAGCGGUGUGACUCUUUGGGCAACAGGAGCUUGUGUCGGUCAGGAAGAGGGCAGCCGAGCAGGAGGAGAUGCUGUGAGGAAGAGAGCCAAGUGAUGGAGGGUGAAGGAGCCAGCAGGCGGGCACAAUUAGUCAGAAUGGAUGACCAGGACAGAGUAAGCCAAGCAUCCAGCUUAGCCACAGUCUCCUUCUUCCCUGUUCCAAAGGAAAGUGAUGGAAAGGUUCAGACAUUUGGGAAAAGAUGCCAGGCAGCAAAGAGAGACCCCAACUGUCCUGUGGUCAUCAGAGGAUGGCUCUACAAAAAGGACAGCUCAGGUUUGAAGCUAUGGAAGAGAAGGUGGUUUGUCCUCUCCAACUACUGUCUGUUUUACUAUAAAGACAGUAGAGAAGAAUCUGUGCUAGGCAGCAUCCCACUGCCCAGCUACAAAAUCCUGUUCUGCACACCACGAGAAUGCAAGAACAGGAAGUUCACCUUCAAGGUGGUACACCAGGGAAUGCGCUCGUAUUUCUUCAGCGCAGACACCCAGGAGGAUAUGCUGGGUUGGGUCCGAGCCCUCAGUCAGUCUGCUACAAUGGAACAAGACAGCUCCCUGAACAGGCGUUGCUCAAGUUACCAGGAUUUCACUCAGAUAGGUGGCAGCAGUGAGUCUAUGGAUUUCCCUAAACCCCCCUCUGAUGGAGAGGGUCCCUCCCAGAGACACAGGCAUGUCAGCCGGGCUCUGAGCGAACCAAGCCAGCUCAGCGGAGGGAGGAUGGGGACGUCUCACUCAGAGCCGAGGGGGAGGAGGAGCGUGCGACAGAGAAACAGCAGUCCUUCAAACAGAACACCCAGCCCACCUGAGUUUAGCAGAAAGAGAGCAUGCGGUCCAAACCAAGAAGAGGAAUGUCUUCCCGGUCAGAACACACCACCUACCAGGGAAGAAAUGAUGGGAACAAGUUCUAUGACCUCAAGGGGUCAGCUGGGGUCACGCCCUCACACACCAGUGGGAAGGGUUGACAUUCGACCUCAUGAUGACCCCAACAUGGUGCCGCAGACUCUUUUCUAUGCACCUGCCUCGCCAAACCUGGAGUUCAAAUCCACUCCUACCACCCCGGUCACAGAGAGGUGGCAGAACCUGAGCAAGCCUACAGCCACAUAUGGUUCAGUUCAUCACAUCCCGAGUGGGAGAAGACCUUUAGGAAAGAGCUUCUCCACAGGGGCACAUGCAGACUUACUGCCCCCUCUGCCCCCCUCAUCAAGGGCAGCACAUGCUCCUCACCCCCCACACCACCACCACCACCACCAUCACCACCAUCUCCGCAGCAAUUUAUCUGUCUGUGUGCUACCGCCAGCUAUGGCCCCAAAACCUGAUCCAAGAGAUAUCCCACCAAUCAGGCCUCUUGAAAGUGAUGCAGAUGCAGUGCUGACAAGGUUGUGUGGGUGUGACAAGCUCCUGCAGUCUCUGUCUAUUGAGCUGGCCCAGCUACAGAUGGAUAAGGACAGUGUCCAUUGUGCAUUAGAGGUCUCCAGACUACAGCUGGAAGAGUGGAAGAGUCAGGGUCUCAGAGCUCAUGAAGAAGCACUGACCCAGAAGGCUUUGCUCCAGGAGGAGCUGGUCACAAUCCGAGCCAGGAUGUGUGACGUUUCAUUGGAAAUGGAGCGAGUGUGGAGUCAGUAUGAGAGAAUGGAAAGUGAACUGUCGGUUAUUCGCUCGCACCUUCAGCACAUCUGUAACUUUGGAAUUCCACAGGAGCAGUCUCAGGCCCAGAGGGAGCUGUGGAUGAUGGAGGACAUCUUAGCCGGACUGAAGAUCAACAGAGAUAACUUCCGUUUCCUUCUGGGGCUACAGAGGCACCACUCGUUCCAGCCGACGUCUCCACAUCCUGGAUCCCCCGGCUCUCCCACUGAGCAUCUGCACAGCGGACUGCCAAUGGAAACGGAGCAAGAGCCACCAAUCCGCCCACCUUUACCCCAGGAGCUGCAGGAAAUCCCUCACAGGAGGGAUCAGGGACAUGUCUGGACAGAGUCACCAUAUGAGGGAAUGUACAGCCACGCUGUUGAUCCUGCACAGAGAAGAGGAAGCAGCCAGCCUGACCUCCUUAAUGUGAAAGCACAGAAAGACUCAUUCGAAUCUGGUUCCAAGUGGAUCCCACCAGAUACAGGAAGCCAAUCAACCAAGAAGUCAAAGAUGAGUGAAGAGGAGCAGAUUGAGCGGAUGAAAAAGAAUAAAGAGAGAUUGUCUAACAGGAAGAAACCCCCCAUACCUUCUCAAAGUGCUCAAACAGAGAGUUCAGGGACAAGAGACGAGGCCCCUUUUCCUCUCAGGGUGACACGAGUUGUCACAGCUGUCCUGCCCACCUCCCUUGUGGCUAGACGGGUUUCCGUUGAGGACCCUCCGCCUGAGCUGGACAACCCCCUUCCCGAGCAGAUACCACCUGAGAGGCAGGAGACCAAAAAAAUGUUGAACAAGCCGCCCCGGCAUUUGUUGCUGGACAGCCCCGAUCAAAACCGCUUCUCAGCAGAGAUGCACCAGCCGGUUAAGAGGACAAGUAGACAGCAAAAUCAGGGAGUACUAAGGAGCUCCAAAAAAGACGUGCAGACAGAAGUGAGCAGAGGAGAGUCUACUGGGUUGGCAAGGAGUCAAAACCGAGAUCAAGCAGGUUUAGGAAAUGGAAACUCUAGCCUGGACCCAAGGGCCGAGGAGCGACCAGCUGCCCUCCUGACCCCCGACAUGGAGCCUGAUCUCUGUCUGACCCCUGAGCAACGAGAGGCAAAACUGCGACGAGUGGAACGAAUACGAGAAAGAGUCAUAAGAAGCGCAGUCAGAGAGAGUGCUACUACACAAAAUCAACUGCCAAUCAGGGGGGAGGAAGUUCAUCAGAUGCCCCCUGACACGGCAAGAAAACAAAGGAUAAAAUCUGACCAUGAACCUCACGAUGGUUCUGGAAGCUGUGGGGAGAACUUCAGACGUCCCUUAGAGCUUCAGCUAUCAGAAACAGCUCGAGGUGAAGAUGAAAGAAACCAGCAUGUUAAAAAAUCUAAAUGUCAACUCAGAUUUGGGAGCAAAACACAACAGAAAGACCACAGUGGACGAGCAGGGGUUGCCAAAGCUAAAGCUAGACGUCCAGAUUCACCCUAUCAUAUCACAUCUAUGACUGUCUACCAAGAAGACGGAGGAAAGGGAUUUUCAAGUCGCAAGGAUAGACAGGAACAGGAGCUUGAAGAACCUGUCACCGAUAAAAAUGAUUUUACAUCAUCUGAUGUGAGAGCUAAAUGGUUCCUUUCCACCAACCAGUGGCAAGGGUUCAUACCUUUGCAAAUCCCUGGUAUAGAUUCACUUGGCAGCGUGGAGACGUUAGACAUGGAGAACCAACCAACAGGCACAGAUGAUGCAACUGAUUCCAAUGAAAUGUCAUCCACAGUCAGUGAAAGCUUAGAAAAAAUGAAAGAGAAUCAUUCACUCUUCUAUAAGAUUGCUUGUGAUAUUAGUAUUUCAGACUCAGAUAUCACUAAGACUGAUGGGAACUCAAACACCCAAACGUCAUCCAGGCCAGAGGAAGAAUGCAUUACAGAAGCUGUGCCAGGUCAUGCGCCUCAUGAUGGGAGGAAAUCGAUCGACCAAGAAGGUGAGGAUUACAGCCAUUAUCUGAAAUCAGAUGUGGAUGAAAAUAGGGAGAUGAUUAACAACAACCAUAAAGAUUCAUCACAGGAGACCCAAGACAAAGCAGCUUCAGAUAAUACCUCAACUACUCCAGAAGACAAUUGUAUUAACAAAGAGAUCCCUGAAAAAGAAUGUGAAGAUACCACCAGGCAAGAAAUCCAGCUGAAAGUUACAGAAACUAGUGAAGGAGCGCCUGUUCAGGACACUGUUUCUGAUCAGGCUGCGGUUGAAAGUGCAAUGACAAGAGAUGAACACAGUGGGUCAAAAGAGUCAGAAGACAAUAAGGUGGACCAAGACAGAUUUGAAGAGCCGAAGGAAUGUUUAAGUGAAGAGAACAAAGAGACAAGCAACAACCACUCCAUCGCUUCAUCCAGUCCUGCGUACGAGAGUGGAAAAGUGAUAAGGAGUGCCUCUUUUGGGAAGGCACGAGUUACAGUAUUAAGGACAAGUUUGUAGAAAAAAAAAAGCUUAAGGAGCUUAAAUGAACAAACUUGGGAAGGACAAGAAAACAGUGAAGUGAUUUAAAGUAAAAGGAAAAUGACGCUGAUGAAGGACGUUAAGUGGCUGAAGAAAUUCAGACCUAACUGUGGAUGGUGAAAAUGGGAACAUAUAAUAUCAGAAAGAAGAUGUGAUUUUGUUGGUGAACUUGAACAUUUCCAUUAUUUGUUAUGUGCAGUCUGAAAUGAAUGCAGAUCAAAGAGAGUCUUAAUAUUUCAUUGAAUUAAAAAUAGGGUGCAGAUGUGUUCUUGCAUGAAGAACACCAAAUACUUUAUGUGGAGUUGCAGUCAAAGGUUAACACUUUCAUUCCUCUCAUAAUGCAUAUAUUUAGUAACAUCAUUGCUUGUGGAAGGCAACAUACCCCUGGUAUCGUCUCAUAACAAAAUGUGUUUUGUAUCUCAAAUAUCCUGAUUAAUAAACAUGCUUUG